CUCAGCCUGCGUGACGUAGGGAGAGGAGGCAGUCGCUGCUGCUACUGCUGCUGCCGCUGUUGCUGUUGUGGGCCCCGCGGGACAGGGGAGGGCGUGAAUGACAAAAAAAGUUCUGCGGAGCGUGUGACCCGGGAGCGUGGGCGCCUCGCCGCCGGCAGCUUCCCUUUACUGUACUUGGAAUGUUCCUUAUGCUGAUAUGAUAACUUCAGAGUGGCAGUCAUCACAGGUGAACAAAGCCUUUCUUUCAGACUCAACAUCACUGAAAAACUGAAGAGAGAGAGAGGCAAAGGGGCGUGCCUAAGAAUUUUACGACUCAGUCUCUGGGCAGAUCCAACUGUAGCAGUACCCAUUCCUGGCCUAUUCCUCAGCCACUGAGAAGUGCCGUUCAGGGCUGUUGUGUGCUCAGGAGGAGUUACAAGGAUCUGCAAAGAAUUUACAAAAAACGAAUCAAUCCUGGGUGCAUUUUCUUAUUCCUGCCAUUGCAGUGACCCUAUUGGAGCUGCUGCAAAAUAGUUGAUAUCUGCAUUUUUGUUUCCCACUUCAUAGUAACAUUUUCACAGAAAUAGAAGGAUGAAUACUUUUGCAGCUGGGAACAAAUCCCUCUGCCAUCUUGGGAAAUGAGAAGUGUUACCCCCAUUCAUGACUAUGGAAUUCUGUGUUCCUUUGUGACAAUAGCUAUAUGGGUAUAUAGCUAUAUCCUGUUCCAAAACAUCCUGAUUAGAGGUUAGCGGGAACAGCCUGAUAGGGGCCCAUUUCCAGAGAGACGUGGAUGAUGCCAGAACUAUGACAGGGGCUGCAGUCUUGGCAUUGAAGGGAGGUGAUCAGUUAUGGAACAGUCAAAGGAGGAAGUACCUGAAGUCAGGGAAGAAGAGGAGGAAAAGGAAGAGACAGUGAUGGCAGUAAGUGGAACCUCAGAACCAAAUGAAGGUCUAGGUAAUUCGACACCAUCUGCCAGGUAUACAGAUCUUUCCCAGAGUUCUUCUCCUUCUCUGUUGGACCAACUCCAGAUGGGCUGUGAUGAGGCAAAUUCAGGAAGCCUAAACGUGGAAUGCAGAGUCUGUGGUGACAAGGCAUCAGGGUUUCAUUAUGGGGUACAUGCAUGUGAAGGUUGUAAGGGAUUCUUUCGUCGCACGAUCCGCAUGAAGCUAGAGUAUGAGAAAUGUGAGCGGAAUUGUAAAAUUCAGAAAAAGAACCGAAACAAGUGUCAGUACUGCCGCUUUCAGAAAUGCCUUUCACUAGGCAUGUCACACAAUGCCAUUCGUUUUGGCCGCAUGCCAGAAGCUGAAAAAAGGAAGUUAGUGGCAGGACUGACAGCUACUGAAAUCAGCUGCCAGAAUCAGCAGGUGGCUGAUCUGAAAGUCUUUUCCAAGCACAUCUACAAUGCCUACCUGAAAAAUUUCAACAUGACCAAAAAGAAAGCACGAGGCAUCUUAACUGGAAAAGCCAGUAGCACCCCUCCUUUUGUGAUUCAUGACAUGGAUACCCUGUGGCAAGCCGAAAAGGGUCUGGUGUGGAAACAACUGAUAAAUGGGAUGCCACCAUACAAGGAGAUUGGUGUUCAUGUUUUUUACCGCUGCCAGUGUACAUCAGUCGAGACCGUGCGGGAGCUCACUGAAUUUGCCAAGAGCAUUCCUAGCUUCAUCAGCCUUUACCUUAACGAUCAAGUAACUCUCUUGAAAUAUGGGGUACAUGAGGCUAUCUUUGCUAUGCUUGCCUCUAUCAUGAACAAGGAUGGACUUCUGGUGGCCAAUGGCAAUGCUUUUGUGACACGUGAAUUCUUGCGCAGCUUGCGUAAGCCCUUCAGCGAAAUCAUGGAGCCCAAAUUUGAAUUUGCUGUGAAGUUCAAUGCGCUGGAGCUAGAUGACAGUGACUUGUCUCUAUUUGUAGCUGCCAUCAUCUUAUGUGGAGACCGCCCUGGCCUAAUGAAUGUUAAACAAGUGGAGGCAAUACAGGACAAUAUUCUCCAAGCUCUUGAGUUCCAUCUACAAGCUAAUCACCCAGACAUUCAAUACCUCUUUCCUAAGUUGCUGCAAAAAAUGGCUGACUUGAGACAGUUAGUGACUGAGCAUGCACAGUUGGUGCAGAAGAUCAAAAAGACAGAGACAGAGACUUCUCUGCACCCUCUCUUACAGGAAAUCUACAAGGACAUGUACUGAGCAGCUUAUAUUUAUCAGAUAGGUGAAAGCCAUGGAAUCCAGCAAAUGCUUGUAUAUUAGCAAAGAAAUCCCUGCGUCUUCCAUUUCUUCACUAGAACUACUUUUACUAGAUGAUUGGUCUAUGCUGUAUAUGGUGACUUACAGUGGAAAAUUGGAAAUUUACCAUUGGGUAUAGACCAGAGAGCUUCCGUUAACAUACACUAAAUGAAACUUAAUUUGUUGCUACAGUUCAGCUCUUAGCACAAUUCCAGAACUGCUGAGGCAAUUUACACACACCCUGUAAAUUGUACUUGAAUUGUUAUAUUAGAUAAAUAUGAAUUGUGCCCAAAUUAAUAUAGCAAGCAGUACCUUGAAUUGGCAGGUACAGAAAUAGCACUUCAUUGUAAUUGUGUUACAUAUUAUUUUUAUAUUUCAAAAAUUUUGGCUGGCCCUAAGUGUAAAUUAUAGGAUACUACAAGGAAAUAUGCGAAUAUAUAAAUUUUCCAGAGAAAUAUCCAAGUGUUGCAUGAAGAGUAUGAACACUCCUUGCAGAAAUUCUUUUACUGGAAAGGCCUUUAGUUUUUAACCUCAGUGCACAAAAAUAGAUUAUGUGUUCUGGCUGAAAGGCUUGUCUUCUACAUGAGUUUUUACAUGCCUCUGCUCAUUCUAUACUGCAGAUCGUUGAAGCUCUUCAUGAAUUAGUACAAUGCUUGCUUAUUUACAUAGAAAAAUGGGUUUUCCUCUCCCUCGCUGUUCAGGUACUUGCCCGGUAAAGAGCUGGGUCUGAAAAAGCGUGGGAACGGUGUUUUCUCUUGGAUGAUAGCUGCCAAAACACAUUUGCAUCCUUCAUUUCAGCUAAAGUAGCUUUGAUGUUGUCUAAACUUUGAGAAAAAAAGAUUCAUCCUGAUCACCUGAGUGAUCAGGUUCACUUUCGGGGAGGGGAGAAUACAGUGUAAGAAAGAUUUUAAAAGGCAGCAGUCAGAUUCCUGUGAAAUCGGGAUGAUUUAUGGAUGGUAAAUAGAGUCAAUAGUAUUUUAUUUUGUGAUCUGUGGUGCAACUUCUUAUCAUGUCCUUUUCAAGAGGAGGAUUCCUAAUAAUUGCACUUGUGUCUUUCCCACAAGCACAAACACAUUAUACACCCUUUCAUAAUCAGUAAUUAGGAAUACAGGUAGUCCUUGACUUACAACCAUAAUUGGGAUCAGAAUUUCUAUUGCUAAGCAAGGCAGUUGUUCAGUGAGUCAUGCCUGAUUUUAUGACUUUUUUGCCACAGUUAAGUGAAUCAUUGCAAUCAGUAAGUGACUCUGGCUUCCCUCGUUGAGUUUGCUUGUUGAAAGCUGGCUGGGAAAGUUGUAAAUGGCUGUCACAUGACCCUGAAACAAUGCCACUAUUAUAAAUGCAUGCCGGUUGCCAAGUGCCCAAAUUUUGAUCAUAUGAAUGAUGUAACUGUCGUAACUGCAAGGCCUGGUCAUAAGUAAUUUCUUCAGUGCCAUUGUAACUUCAAAUGGUCACUAAAGAAAUGGUUGUAAGUCAAGGACAACUUGAUUGUUUUAUGGUAAGUUUUCUAUGUUCGGGCUGCAUUUAACAAUUCUUUCUCAAUGGAUCUUGUCAAAAAUGCAUGACAAUUUACUGUACUUUUCAGAGUAUAAGAUGCACCCCUCUCCAUAAAACAGGGUGGAAAUGUUGGUGCAUCUUAUACACCUAGUACAGCCAUUUUUGGCCUCCCGAAGCCCCGCCCCAUGCGUCCCAUUUUUGCGAAAAAUAGGCCCAUUUUUUGCAAAAACGGUGCACAGAAGCUUUGGGAGGCAUGCAGAGUGCUCCUGUGGGCUGGAGAAGGCAAAAACUUUUUUUCCCUUGCUUAUCUCUUCAAAAUUUUGGUGCGUCUUAUACACCGGUGUCUUAUAGUCCAAAAAAUAUGGUAAUAUUUCCCAAGCAUUUGAAUUAGGUUACAAUACAAUUUUGGUUCCUUUUCCUUUCAUGAUUGUUCCUGCUUUAUUCCACAGGUGUGCCAGAUAACUUUUGUUAAUAUAAUUUAUCAGCAUAGAUCUUCUUUACUAUAGAAGAUUCUUGGGUGUGAGGACUUUGUCACGUUGAUAUGCCAGUAAUAAUGGAGUUAUUAUGUCUACACCAUGUCGAUGUAAUGUGGAGUUUGUUGGACUUCUUUCUUUUGUCACUUCCAAUGUGUCUUGAGUGCAGAAUAGAUCAACAUGGUGCUUACAUGUGGUAUUAAGAACAUUGUCAUGUAAUUGUGGUGAUGUUUUUCUUGCUACAUUGUUAAGUGGAUUCUUAACUUUCAGAGAAGAAAAAUUAUUAUAAAAAGAACCAUUAAUACCAAAAAUAGUACAUCUACAAAUGUAUACAGCAACAGAAGUUUAAAUGAUGCAAAAAUUACUUAAAUUGGCUGGUGGUCCUGACAUGUAGAUUUUCUGCUUGUUCUACAUAAUACUUUAGUUUUUCAUUUCUGGAUUUGGAUAUAGAAAUUGACAAAGAAUUUUCAGUCUUAAUUCAUGACACUAAUAAGUAACAAUAUUUUCAAACUAACUUUUUUUUAAAAAGUACUAUCAUUCUUUGGGGGAAAGGGACUUAUGAAGCAGUGUUUAGCAAGAACUUUACAUGGAGGAAGCCUCCAAUUCACAAUAUCAGUUAAAACAGAAGUGUCGCUAAACCAGAGGUGGGCGUAGUUAGUGCAAGAUGCAUCCGGCCCAUGGGCCGCAAGUUUGACACCCCUGAGUUAAAAGAACCAUGAGGCAAGUGAUCUUCAAAGAGAAAUAAUUAAAUGGAAAUUUGACCUGGGCACCCAUGUUGCUUAGAUUUUAUUAUAAUCUAGGUAAUUUACUAUCAACUUUUUAACAAAAACCAGAAUCAAUUUUGCAAACUGUAAAUACUCUUGCAACCAAAGCACAUAUUUUUGGUAAUAGACUUACGUUAACAACUUGCCUAAUAGGUGCAUUUAACUAGGAUUUCUGAUUAGAUUGAUGAAGCUAGUGAAAAAUGGAUUUAUAAUUUUCUCCAGUUUUUUAUGUUUGUGGUUGCAGAAAGUAUCUUUUUAGAAAUAUAUUUUUAUAAAUAUUGAUCCUUUCUUUGCAAGCCAACCUAAAAAUCCAGAAAACUAGACCUGUAGGAGACAGGUAAAAUAUGUUUGGCUGGUGGUAAUGCUUUAACAUUUUUAAGGGACCGUGUACUCAUCUAUGCAGAAAUAAAUUAUUUGGAUAUUGUUUUGCAGCCAUAAUAUCCCUCAGUUAAUUUUUCUGCUUCAAAUGUUUUUCCAUGUGCUCCAAUUUCAGACUGCCAAUACGAUAGUGCUAUGUUUUUCUAUAGUUGAACCCAUAAUAGUUAUCCAUAAUAGAUCUCCGUGUAUAGGAUAGUUUCAUUAAUCAAUCUGACAUGAUAGCUACCAUGUAUAACUAGCCAGAAUGUUGUUUUCCUUGUUAACUUAAGGGGAAGCAAAGUCUCUUCUUCCAACUCAGCACAGAUGUACAGCAUUUGCUUUUGUUGUAUCUCUAUUUCCAGAAUGAAAUAAGUGGGAAGUUCUACCUCUACCUUGCAGGAGUGAUGUGAAAUGUGUUUUAUUAUGAGAAUUCAUGCUUUUGGAGCCACAGGUGGGCAAAUCACUAAAAAAAAAAAUGGCUUGUGAUUUUUAUAUUUCAGCAUCUGCCUUAGACCUUCAUUUUAGCCAUUCCUACUGAAGGCCUCUUUUCCCUGCAUCUUGCUGUUCCUCAGGAGAUGCAGGACAAAUAUUUGCAGCACUAGAAGAGUCUGCACCUUUUUUUUUUUUUUUUGCUGAGAGUGUGAUGGCAGAACAAUGUAGCAAUCCUCAAACUGAAAUGUAUAUUUUUGCUAGAAGUUCAAAUUUCAGAUGUUUUAAAACAAAUAGGGACUGACAAUAUAAAAAAUAGAAAUAAAUAUUUAAGAAACAAUUACAGUGUAGCUUUUCUUUUACUUACUUCUAACCUUAGCUUCCCUGAGGACAUAUUAAUUUUUCUGUUACAAAUUUUACAGAAAUGCUUAACAGUAUCUCUCAGUCACAAUGUAUUAUGCAAUUUUGAGUAAUGGUAAUUUUUAAACUUAAAAUCUUUUUAGGGCAAAAUACAUUUCUGGUCCUUGGGGGUUUUCAUUUGUUUUACUCUGAAUGUGAAUCUUUUUUUAAAAAACAACAACAACUGUAUUUAAACUGAAAUAGAAGCAUCCUGAAACACAAAAGCAAAUUUAAGAUAUACUUUUGGAAGUACAAAUAUAAAAAUGAUUAUUUUUGUCUCUAGCGUUAAUUUAGACUUUCAGGUAUAAAAUAGAUCACAUACUGUACCUUAAUGUUUUCCUAUAUGCAAAUACCAUGAAAUGCCAUUAGUUUCAGAAUCUUGUGUUUAUACACAUAGAUCAAUCUGCAUGUAUAAAGCAGCCUUCAGUAACCCUCAGGAGGCUGUCAGUGUGACGUGCUGUUAAUCCAAACCAUAACAUUUUGUUUGUGUAGACUUUGUUCAGUUCAAUACACAUAGUUUUAGGCCAAACUAACUACAAUUUCAGCUCAGACAUAAGAGCUGAUAAAUAUGAUGCUGACAGAAAAUUCCAAAAUUUGUACAAAUGAUAUUUCAUUGAGCAAACUAGGUUAUACUUCUGAGAACAGAUAUAUGUGAUUUCAGUGCAUGAUUCUACAUAGUUGUGCAGGUUAUUUCAUUGAAAACUUUGAAAAUAUUGCUUCAUAAGUGUAAAAUACUUCAGUUUUCAUUUUAAUAAGACUAGUUUGGCAGCAGAUCCUUAUCUAAUUGGAUAAAUGGGACCUUAUGGUAACUGUUUAAUCCCCUUCUAGCUUAAGCAGUUGUUAACAAUUGCUUUAUGAAAUCCAUUGUUUCCAAUGCAUGAAAAUGUUUGGUACAUAAGUUAAAUUAACUUCUAAGAAUGCGCAGGACUCCUGGAGGAAUUCAAGCUUACAGUGCUUGUAGCUGUUUCACAUAAUAUCAAAAAGACAUACAUAAUAUAGCUACUGCAUCUGAUAUUAUCUGAUAUUGAAAUAUACAGUGAUCUAUUUGUACGUACUAUAUGCAUUGGAAAUAUGCAUUGGCUCUAUGGGAGCGGUCUGCAGGUUCUGAAAGAAAUAUGAGGAAAAUAUUUAAGGAAGCAUGAGGAGAAAAAAAAAACAAAAGGAGAAAAGUAAUAUUUUAACUUAUUGGUGAGUAAGGAAAGGAAAGGUGUCCCUGCAGAUUUUACUCCGCUAGUCAUUGCCAACUAUAGGGGGUGGUGUUCAUCUCCAUUUCGAGGCCAUGCUGUCCAAAUACAUUUCUACCGUCAUGGCCAGCAUGAUGUCAUGGAACACUGUUUCCUCCCCACCAAAGCAGUACUUAUUUACCUAGUUGCAUUCGCAUGCUUUCAAACUGGGCAGGAGCUAGGCGAAAAUGGGCACUCACACCUGUCACAUGAUGCUGUCAGGUCUUCAACCCAGGCUGUUGGCUUCCCAACCAAAAAGUCUAGCAUCUUAACCGCCGAGCCAUUGCGCUGCCUUUUUGGUGAGUAGAGUAACCAUAUCCAGUUAAAGACUUUUAUGCAUAGAACCUAAGGACAUGCUGAUUUAAUAGGGGACAUAACUAAUAUAUUAAGAAAUAUAUUAAUAAGAAACUGCGUUGUUCCUUUCCCACAUUCCCACUCUCAUCUCAUAAUGAAUUAUUCAAAAUAGUGCCUAUAAGUAAUGGUAGUAAGAGAAAGAAAUGAUAUGACCAGAGAUUUCCAUUAAGUCCACAUGUAUCAACCUAUUGGUAUGAAUACAUUUUAUUAUUUUUCAAUAGACUGAGAAAGAAUGAAUAGUAUGUGUAGCCUACUUCUUUUUUGCGCAGGCUAAGGAAUAAGCUGACUGAUUCUCAGUGGGAUAGCUCAGUGUGAUGAACAACUUUUGCACUCUUCUGUUAGCUGGCAAGAGAAGGAACUGACUGGUUGAUGCCGUUUCUUGUUCUCAUCAGAGUUGUCAAAGGUGAAGGGCAUCUGUAUGACUAGUUUGCAAAUACUUUGAAGUAAUAAGGAAUGGAAACAGUACCGUGUAGAAGUGUCCUAAUUAUCCAGGAUGUGUUCUCUUAAAGAUUAUUCUUUUAAUUAUGAAACAUUGAAGAUAUAAAUAGUAAUUACAGAAAUGAAUAAACACUACUGACUAGUUCCUAAAACUGGCAUUUCUAUAAGUUCUUAUCUAGACAAUGUCUUUGUAUUUUUAAAGAUCCUGAUAUUGGAAGCAUCUCAUAGAUUUGCUUCAGUGACUUUAACAACAGCUGCAUAAGAUCAGCAUUAUUCCGUAGCAGAUAUAAAUUGGAAGGAUGCAGUUAGUGACUAGAUUUGAAUCUGACAAAAAUGCUAUGAACUAAGUCACAUUCUCCCAGUUAUGCAUGUAUGCUUCUAUACCCCAAAAUUAACAUGCUUACCUUCCAGACAUGUUUGUAGCAAGAGAAUGUAUGAAGCAUUUUGAGUACAAAAGAGUGCCUUAAGAAUCCUAAAUGUUAUGAUAUGCAAGUUUUGAACUGGAGGUUUCUAAUUCAUGUUCUUGGCUUUACAUGUGUGCCAAUAAAUUUACAUCACAAAGAUAACUAUAGCUGAGGUCUCAUAUAUUUUGAAUCCUAGCACUGUGAUGGUGAACCUAUGGCACUGUGGCACAUGGAACCCUAUUGGUGGGCACGCAAUCUCAGCUCCAGCGCGCAUGCGUGUGCUGGCCAGCUGAUUUUCAGGCCUUCUGGGCCCACCAGAAGUCAGGAAACAUGUUGUUUCCAGCCUCCGAGGUGUGUGUGGGGGGAAGGCUGUUUUCUCCCUCCCCAGGCUCCUAGAAAGGCUCGGGAGCCUGGGGAGAGCAAAAAAUGGGCCUUCUGGUCCCACCGGCAGUCGGCAAACAGACAGUUUCCGGCCUCCGGAGGGCUUCCGGGGAAGUGGGGAAGACCAUUUUAAUAAUAAUAAUAAUAAUAAUAAUAAUAAUAAUAAUAAUAAUAAUAAUAAUAAUAAUAAUAAUAAUAAUAAUAAUAAUAAUAAUAAUAAUAUUUUAAUUUAUAGACCGCCCUUCUCCCAAAGGACUCAGGGCGGUGAACAGCCAGUUAAAAUACAGAAAACAAACCCAUACAAUAUUAAGAACUACCCAUAAAAAACUUAUUCAAUUGGCGAAGCUAAAAUACAAUUACACCCUAUAAAAUCACUAAAAUUUAAAACCCCCAAUAAAUCAAUUUAAAAGUUUAAAAAAUUAAGCCAGUCCAGCAAGACGAAACAAAUAGGUUUUAAGUUCGCGGCGAAAGGUCCUAAGGUUGGGCAGUUGUCGGAGUCCAGGGGGAAGCUCGUUCCACAGGGUAGGAGCCCCCACAGAGAAGGCCUCCCCCUGGGGGCCGCCAGUCGACAUUGUUUGGCUGACAGCACCCUAAGGAGUCCCUCUCUGUGAGAACGCACCGGUCGCUGGGAGAUUGAAGCCGGCAGAAGACGGUCCCGUAAAUAUCCCAGUCCUAAGCCAUGGAGCGCUUUAAAGGUCGUCACCAAUACCUUGAAGCGCACCCGGAAGACCACAGGUAGCCAGUGCAGUCUGCACAGGAUAGGUGUUAUGUGGGAGCUCCGUGCUGCUCCCUCAAUAACCCGUGCAGCCGCAUUCUGGACUAACUGGAGUCUCCGAGUGCUCUUCAAGGGGAGCCCCAUGUAGAGAGCAUUGCAAUAGUCCAGUUUUUUUACCCUUACCAGGCUCCUUUCCAAUUUUUACCCUCACCAGGCUCCUAGAAAGGCUCUGGAGCCUGGGGAGAGCAAAAAAUGGGCCUACCAGGCCCACCAUGCCAUCACCUGCCAAAAGCAGGGGGAGCGCAGGGCAGGGGGCAUAGAAUUAUGGGUGUGGGCAUGUGUGUGUGUGCAUGACCCCCCCCACUCCCCCCGCUUUUGGCACCCGAUGGCAAAAAGAUAAUCCAUCACUGUCCUACAAUUUGACUAUUUUAAAUAUAUGAUUGUUCUGCGUUCCCCUGCCAUACUUUUAGCAUUAUAACAUCCUAAGUUCAUUUAUUUCUGGCAAGAGAGCACUGAAUCCAUGUAAUGUUUGAUUACUUAUAAAUGUGCAAGCAGAAGAUGCAUCCUAAAACUGCACAAUUGCAGGAUAUACCUACAGGAAAUGAUCUACCGUAUAUACUCGAGUAUAAGCCGAGUUUUUCAGCACGUUUUUUGUGCUGAAAAACGUCCCCUCGGCUUAUACUCGAGUCUACGUCUUCGGGAACCCCGCACAGGAGGGGGUACCGAACGGACUCCCAUGGGAGGGACGGGGAGCGGGCCCGCCGAGGUCUCGCGGGAUUUGUCGCCCCCAGGCCGGCCCCUAUUCCCGUGUCUGGUGGGCGGACGGCACAAACUUGGCGGGCUGUGCAUUGGCGCGGGGAAGCCCUGGUGGUGCAGUGUUCCCGUUCGCCCUGGCCUCCGUCCUCCGAUCUCCUGC